AUGGUCUUCACUCGUGGAGAUGUAUCUGGCGAGCUUGAUGAGACAAUAGAUCAUAAUGAGCCGGCCAGCAAUAUCGAGGUGGUUACCUGGGAUAGUCCUGAAGAUCCCGGGAACCCGUAUAACUGGUCUCUCCGCCAGAAGUGGACGUUAACUUACCUGGCAAGCUUCACGACAUUUAUCACAAUGAUGAACGGCACGAUUAUCACCGUUGCCCAUGCGGCCAUCAACGAGGAAUUUGGGAUCUCAGACGCCUCAUUCCCCAAUUCUUACUGGCCCGUCACAUCCUGGGCCGUCGGUGGAGGAUGCUUUUCCCUCCUCGUCCUCCCGCUCAUGGAGGACUUUGGCGUGAGAUGGGUAUUCUUAUCCACAUGGGCAACUUUCAUCUGCUUCGUUAUUCCGCAAGCAGUGGCUCAGAACUUUGCCACGUUGAUCGUGACGAGGUUCUUUGCCGGUGGCUGUGUUGCUAUCCUGGCGAAUACAUCAGCGACUGUUAUCGGGAACCUCUGGGAUACUGAGAGAUCGCGAAAUAUUCCCGUCAGUCUGUAUAUCGUGACGUACCUUGUUGGGGCCAGUAUCGGUCCUGUCAUCGGAGCUCCGAUCUUCCAGUUCCUCUCUUGGAGAUGGAUUGGAUACCUCCAGUUGAUCUGGUAUGGAGCCUUGUUCCCGGUAUACUUCUUCAUGUUCAAAGAAUGUCGUGGAAUUGCAAUUCUCGGCCAGCGUGCAAAGGCGUUGCGUCGGGAGGGUAGGAAGGCAUACACCCAGCAUGAGAUUGAUAGCGCGGGGACAUCGCUGCUGAGGAUUGUGGCAAAGAGUACGACGCGGCCGCUUAUUAUGUAUUUCACGGAAUCCGUUGUUUUCUUCUCAGGGAUGUGGUCUGCUUUCACGGUUGGCACACUUUAUUUAUUCACACAGUCAGUUGAGCAGGUCUUUUCAGGGCUUUAUGGAUGGACUCCCUCACAGGCUGGAUAUGUGCAAGCUGCGAUCGUUAUUGGAGAGUGUAUUGGUUGGGUAGGGACUCUCUUUUCAGGAAGACUAUACUUCAACUCAGCUUCCAGAAACACCGAAGUGCCGGGUGAGCCUAUUCCCGAGGCACGGCUGUACCUGGCUAUUGUGUCUGGCAUUGUUGGCCUUUCCGGUGGGAUGUUCGUCUAUGCCUGGACAUCUUACCCUUUUCUUCCAUGGAUUGCACCAGCUAUUGGUCUUGCCAUGGUGGGAGCAGGGAGUGUUAUUGUGGUGACUGGCAUUUCAGACUAUGUUGUCGAUUCCUAUGCCAAGUAUGCGGGCAGUGCGGUGGGGAUUAUCGUUACCGGAGAGAAUAUUUUCUCAGCCUUCCUACCACUGGCUGCGAUGAGCAUGUACUCUCACCUUGGAUUUCGGUGGGCCAGCACCUUAUUGGCCUUCAUCUCCCUAGCUCUUUCUCUUGCUCCGAUCCUGUUCGUGGUGUACGGCAAAGGAAUCCGAGCUCGGAGUCCGUUCAUGAAGGAGGCUAUGUUGGAAAAGCGGAGGAAGAGCAUAGAUUCGGUUUGA